GGUCGGAGAUAUAAAAAUGAAUGAUAAGUGACUAGUUAUAUUUAAUUUGAUCAUUAUAAAAUGAUUGUGUUGGUAUUGAUUUAAAGCAAAAUGGAUGUUUCGUUAUCCACUAUUCUUAAAGUCAAGGAAAAGCUGGAUUCUGAUACUUUAAAAGAAGACAAGAUAUUGAAGUAUCUUCAAGGUUUGGAUGAAAUCAACAUCAAUGUUGAAAUUCUGAAGUCCACUGGGAUUGGCAAGUCAGUGAACAACCUGAAAAGACAAGGUGGCAGCAUUGCGCUUCUUUCAAAGGCAUUAGUAAAGAAAUGGAAAAGUUUAUUAACAACAGAUGAUUGUGAUAAUCUCCAAAAGACGUCUCUUCUGAAUAGCUCAGAUGUUCUGACUAAGAAAAAUGUAUCACAGAGUCAUAGUGUUGAGAAAAUUGGCUCUAAAUCUGUUGAGAAAAGACUGCAUGAAAAAUCUAGCCGAACAGAAAAGAAGACUUACUCCCAACAAAAGGCUGCAUCAAUGCAACUGUGUGAUUUGAGUUUUGUCUCGGAGGAACUGAGUCCAAGUCCAAAAAAGAAACAAAAGACUAGGAAUGCUCAGCUGGUAACUAUGUCUCCAAGUUUAAGUCUUCAAACUUCAACUCUACCAAGUGCGAAAGAAAUUGGGCAAUCUUUACUUCCAGACAUUCAACCAAACUAUGUGCCACAAAAACAACCUACUUAUGUUGAAAAUUCUCCCCAGAAACGUAAAGCUCUUUCAACUGAUAUUCCACUUGACUUGUUAUCAUCAAGAAAAUCAAAGACUCAAGUGUUCUCUGGCAGACGAAACGCCAAUAGAUGUGGAGUUGUUACUUCAUUACAUGAGAUGUGCAUCAAAGUUUUAGUUGAUAAUAUUGAAGCAUUAUUCGAUACUGGUGGUGUUCCAUACGAUAUUCUAGAACCUGUUCUAGCAAAGUGCACACCUGCUCAGCUGUGGAAUUUGGAAGAGUAUAAUCCGUAUUUUCUGGAGGAUACUGGCCCAUUAUGGAAGACUCAUUGUCAGCGAGAUUUCAAAGAGACUUGGGGAAUGAAACAAGAUGAUUGGAGAACGUUCUACUUGAAAAAACACGAAGAAAGAGAAGAUAAAUUAAAGUCAAUUGAUGCUAAAAUCAAAGCUUCUCAGGCUGCUAAACAACAAGGUCGUCAAAUGAAACUAGCGUAUGUUCAUGUUGAGGCUAAGGCUCCCCCUCAGGUCACGAAGCAGGCUAAACACGGCACAUCUGUCAUUCGACCUGUAUCAUCUUCGUCAUCACGUAUUUCUUCAACUUCGGCAGUUGUUGUAUCACCAAAAAAACGAAAACAAACAACUACAUUGAUGAAAAAAGUUAAACAGAUGGGAAAUAUGCACAGAUCCAGAGUAAAUUCUUCGAUCAUUCGAAGAUAAUAUUGAUGAAUUUAGUCAUUUUAUCGUGAAGAACAACCAUACUGUAGUUUUUCCAAUGUCCAUUGUCUGUGCGCACUUCUUGUGCCUCUCAGAGGCAUGGCUCUACGUAAUAAUGACGUCGCACUUGUUCUUCUUCUGGCCUCACGCGACCCAUUUGGCAAAGACAAUGAAGAUCGUGUCAACUGUAAAUAAUAAGAUGAUAGAUUAGAAUUUAGGUAUUUGAGAGGGAUUGUUUAUCCAACUACUAUCAUAAUGUGAUUAACUUAGUGGAUUGAAAGAAUGAUGAAUAAGAUGAAAAAUAUUUGAAGUAGUAUUUGCUUUAAUCGAAUGUUAAAUGUAAAAUUACCAUUCAGUGUUAUUGAAAACAUCAUAUUUUCAAUAAAUUAACUGUUUUCAGUUAUGAAAAUCUAA